AUCAAAGUGUGUUCAGCAUUAAUAGUUACGCCCUUUUCACAGUUCCUUUACCUGUGUUUACAUGUGUUGUGAAAAGUGACUCAAAAUCCAAUCAUUUAUUGAACACUUUGUCGAAAUCUGUUGGACUCCGGAAGAAGCGGUAAUGUCUGCGGCCAUCGAGUCAUCCGACUAUAACAAUGUACACGAAGAGCGCUUCCAAUACACGCCUGAGUGGACGAUCACCACAAAGAAGUCCCAUAUUUUGCAGUCCAAGUGUGUGUCGCCCUUCAUAUGCGACCAAACGAAAGGCGCCGACAGUUCACAGGACAUGGAUUUGGACAGACUUUGCAUGUUUUGCCGCUACGAAUGGCUGCUAUCGAUGCCACACAUGCCGGACAUGACGUAUGCCAACAACUGGCUGGUGAUGGGCCACAAGAAUGGCUUCCGACUUGAGUUCAAUUGUCUGGAAGCGCUGACACUGGUGUCCAAAGAGCCGCCCCAACACCUGAAGGUGGGCGCCGCCGAUGAUUGGAUGAAAUCGCGGGCCGGCAGUCAGUACACCCGAGUGACGGCCAAACCGUUUGACUGGACCUUCACUACUGACUACAAGGGCUCACUCGUGGCCAACGCACAGGGAGUCGGCUUCCAGUGUGUGGCCACCGAUGAGCGCAUAGACAUCGAGCGACUCAAGGCUAAGGACGAGAUCCUCUUCUACGACGACAUCGACCUCUUCGAGGACGAGUUGGCCGAUCACGGAGUGGCCAAGAGUUCGGUCAAAAUUCGAGUAAUGAAAAACUCAUUUUACAUUUUAAUGAGAUUUUUCUUACGUAUCGAUAAUGUGUUGGUUCGCCUCAACGACACCCGACUCUACCACGAGGUGGGCACUGAUUAUAUACUUCGCGAGUAUACAAAUCGAGAGGCGUUUGUGAAGGACCUGAACAUACCGGCGCCCGUUCUCAUAGAUCCCGUGCGACUCAACGACCACUUAAAGCCCAGUCAACUAAUCUGUCAUAAGAUUACGUUUAAUUCCGAUUAGAAAUCAUUGUGUCUUUAAAUUGUAUACAAUUCACACAUUUUAUCAUUUAAUUUCAAUUUUUAUGCCCACUAUAAACAAUCAAUUAAUUUAAUUUCUAUUGAAUUUUGUUACUGUAUUUUAAUCAAUAGAUGAAUACUUGGAAAUUACUGGGAUUAAGGGUAUUACCUAUACUUGAGCUA